UCCAAGCAUACUCUUAUUCAAAGAAACUCUAACUCGAGACCACUUCUUCAGAGAAGCCCUUGUUCCAAUUGAUUAUUGAUCUUACCCUUAAUUUUACUAUAAACUAGCAUACUAGUGCUAUAUAAAAAAACUUCAUCAUACAUAUUUUGCAAGUGUUCUUGAGCUUAGACAAAAAAAAGUCAACGUUUGAAGUUGACGCAAGCCACCCUUUCAAUAAAAUUUCAAUGGCUCGAUCGGUGAAAGUGGCGGUGAUCGGAGCCGGAGUUGCCGGCCUCGCCGCCGCCCGGGAGCUUCAACGGGAAGGCCACACCGUCGUCGUUUUCGAGAAGAACAACCGCGUCGGAGGCCUCUGGGUAUACGACCCGACAUCCGAUUCCGACCCACUCAGCCUAGACCCGACCCGUGACAUUGUCCACAGCAGCCUCUACCUCUCGCUGCGCACAAACCUCCCGAGGCAGCUCAUGGGGUUCCUGGACUACCCAUUCGCGAAGCGCGAGUCGGGUGACCCGAGAACGUUCCCGGGUCACGACGAGGUACUCCGUUUCCUGGAGGAGUUCGCGGCGGAGUUCGGGAUCCACGGGUUGACCCGGUUCGAAACGGAGGUGGUGAAGGUGGAGAUGAAUGAGAAGGGGAAGGAGUGGGUGGUUGAGUCGAGAUUGACUCGGGGUGGUGAGUCAGGUGACUCAGUGAGUCGGGAGGUGUUUGACGCGGUUGUUGUGUGUUCUGGUCACUUUGUUGAACCAAGACUAGGUGAGGUUCCUGGAAUUGAAAAGUGGAGUGGGUUUCAAAUGCAUUCUCAUAAUUAUAGAGUGCCUCAACCUUUCAACCAUCAGGUUGUGAUUUUAAUUGGGGUUGGACCUAGUUCCUCUGACAUUGGGAGAGAUAUUGCGCCGGUAGCAAAGGAGGUUCAUGUGGCAACGAGACUGAAUUCAGACUCAAAGGGUAUGAAGUUGAAAAAUUGUGGCAAUAUAUGGUUCCAUGAUAUGAUCAAAUGUGUAUGUGAAGAUGGCUUGGUUGCCUUUGAAGAUGGGUUCUCUGUUUAUGCAGAUUCCAUAAUCCACUGUACAGGAUACAAGUACCACCAUCCAUUCCUUGAAACCAAUGGAGUAGUAACCAUUGAGGAUAAUCGCGUCGGGCCAUUAUACAAACACGUCUUUCCUCCUGCUUUAGCUCCAUCGCUCUCUUUCAUUGGUUUAACCUUUAAGGAAGCCAUUUUCCACGUAAAGGAGUUACAAUCCAAGUGGGUUGCAAGAAUUUUAUCUGGUAAGGUUCUGUUACCAACGGAAGAGGAGAUGAUGGAAGAUAUCAGAAACUUUUAUCAAUUCAUGGAGGAAAAUGGGUUGCCUAAACGCUACACUCAUGCCCUUCGUCCAUUUCAGUGGGUUCCUCCUAUGGAUCCUUGGGUCAAACUCAAUACUGAUGGGUCUUUUCUGCUGGGGAUGGAUAUCGUAGCUUGUUGUGUAGUUGUCCGGGACCAUGAGGGCAGAUUUCUUGUGGGGUUCUGUCAAAUUGGGAAGCUUCUCAGUUGGUCAGGCUGAACUUUGGAGUAUUGUUCACGGUUGACUAUAAAGAUUGGCUAGUUGCACAAAUUGGGCUGCCUCCGUUGGAAGAUUGGAUGGAGCAAAUGUACAGCGAGUGUUUUAAGAAUUUAGUUGAAAUGAAGGAAAAUUACAGAGAUGAAUGGGAUGAUAAUCAAUGG